GUUUUGGAUCGAUCGAUCGAGCGAGUGGCCAUGGCGCUGUAUUACGACUACACUGUGGAGAUCCCGACGAACGCGCGACAGCUUCACUCGUCAUGGAGCGAAGUAGAGUCCGUCCUUGCCGUCGCUUUCGACAACCACGAAGUUCACUUUUUUAGCGACGAAGGAGAACGACUUCAAACUCCAAUCCACACGAGAAAGGCAGACGUGACUGCAAUUGCGUGGCAGCCCCGGGGAGCAGUUCUCGCCGUGACGUGGAGCGACGGAAUGCUGUCCCUGUGGAUCCAGAAAGAAAACGUGGCGAGGGAGGUGAAUUCGCCCCACACGAGCCGGAUCAACUUGCUCAAGUGGGCUCCAACUGGAAAUCGGUUGAUCACGGGCGACGAAAACGGCGUGUUGGCCGUGUGGAAGAUUGACGCGAGAGGGCAAGUGGGUCUGUGCACGCAGUACACCCGCCAGGGGAGCUUGACGCAGUGUGUGUUUUGCAUUGUGCCGCAACGGCGAGACAAGGAGAUCAAGAGUGAAAGUCAAUUUGCCAUCACUGCGUGCCCUUCCUUCUUCUUUGGAGGGGAUCUGGGCACCGUGCAUUAUGCCGACGACUUGGGACACAUCUCGGACGUUCAAACGCUCAACCACGCCAUCGACUGCAUGAUGUUUUACGAAGAAAAGCACCGGUUGGUGGUGAUCACUCGGGCGUCCCAGCUCGUGCAGUUGCAGAUCGCAUCCGAUGGCACGGUGAAGCCCAUCAUGAAGGUCAAACUGAGUGUGUCGGGGGACGGCGGACUAAAAGAAGCGAUUUGGGCUGGACCAGGGUUGCUGGCCACGGCGUCGGGGGAGCAGCUCAUUCGGUUCUGGGACCUGCAAAAGGAAGAAAACUACGUGCUGAGCCUGGCCAACGGGGGCAUCCCCCCCAGCGACCGCGUGUCGGCCGUCGACUUCAACCCUCGCAAGCGCAUCCUCGCCGUGGGCACAAACGAAGGCAAACUCGUGUUCUGGCGGCUCACGCAGGGCCAACAGUCCAAGUCCAACCAGUGGUCGCUCAUGGCGGUCGCCGACAUGCACCAGAGCGUGUCCAAACUCGGGUGGAAUCCACUCUACUCGUACUUGUACGCGCACGCCCAGGGCGCGGGCGUGACCGUAUUCCACGAAGCCGUGAUGAACCGAUCGCUGCACGAAGACACGGCGGUGAUUCAGACGCGCCCCAUGUGUCUGUCGGUGGAGAAGCUUGCGGACGGCACGGUGGUUCAGACGUCCGUCGACGCGUCCAUCCGGAUCAAGGGGGUGGCCCACGACGGCAAUUUGAUUCUCGUGUGGAACGGAACCAAGGCUGAAGUGUACGAGCUCCAGACCGACCUCGAAACCAAGCGCGUGAGCUCGUUCAAGUGCACGUCCACCGCCAUGCAGCUGCGCGGCGACGUCAUUUACCGCACCCACGGUAACCACAUUGAAGUGACCAACACCAGCGGCACGGUCAAAAAUACCAUCUCGUUCACGGAAGCCGAAGGCCAGCCGUUUGUGAUGCACAUCAACAACAAGUACCUCGCCGUGGGCACGGACGCCGGCCUCAUUCGCGUGUUCGACUUGUCGAGGCGCGAACCCAAGGCGUUUGGCAGUUUGGGCGACGUCUCGAAAGCGUUUGCGGGUAUGAACGCAAAGUCCACGCUGCGAUCGCUCAGUGUCAACUGCGAUGGCACGCGCGUGAGCUUCUUGCUCUACACGGUCGAAGGCGCGCUCAAAGUGCGCACGCCCCACACCAAGCUGUACCUGUUCAACACGGACCUGAACGCGUUCCAGUCGUUCGAAUUCGGCCCCGCUCGACACCCGACGUCGCACUUUUGGGAUCCCCAAGAAGCCCGGCUCAUGGCGUGUGAAACCUUCCAAGACAAGUUGGAAGACGCCAAACACAUUCCAACAGCAGACGACAAAUCCGACGACAAAGGGGCAGACAAUAGCCCGUCCCAACAGGCCGACCCCACGCGUCUGAGCUCGCAUUCGGAGCGAGAAAUCACGAUUUUAUUCGUGUCCAACGAGCGGGGACUGCUCAUGCAAGAUAACUUUGACCUGGAUGCCAAGUACAGCGCGCUUCUGGGGAUUCACGUGCCGCGCAUGUACUUUGCGUCGUCGCAAGAAAGCAUCAAACGCGAGACCAAGGACGACAGCGGCCCCGUGGCACUCCUGCGCACCAAGAUCAUGCAGGAUUUCGUCGGGUUGGACAAAGUGGACGGGCCCACGAGACAAGCGUUGAUCGACUUUUCGUAUUACAUAACGAUUGGCAACAUGGACGAAGCGUACCGGUCUGUCAAGUUGAUCCAAAAUGCGUCCGUGUGGGAAAACAUGGCCAACACAUGUGUGAAAACCAAGCGGCUGGACGUCGCGGAGGUGUGUCUGGGCAACAUGGGGCACGCGCGGGGGGCGGCGGCCGUUCACGGCGCCAAGUUGGAAAACCCCGAGAUCGAAGCCCCGAUUGCGAUGGUCGCGAUCCAGUUGGGCUUGUUGGACGACGCUGCCCGGCUGUACAAAGAGUGUGGCCGCUUCGACCUGCUCAACAAACUGUACCAGUCGGCCGGGUACUGGUCCAAAGCCAUCGAAGUCGCUACCAAACGCGACCGCAUUCACCUCAAGACGACGCAUUUCGCCUACGCCAAGCACUUGGAAGAAGAAGGUAACUUAAAAGAGGCCAUUCGACAGUACGAGCUGGCGGGCACGGCGGCCAAGGACGUCCCGCGCAUGCUUUUCAGUCGCGGCAAGCUGGAGAUGCUCAACAGCUACGCGUCCAAGUCAGAAGACCCGCGCCUGCUGCUGUGGUGGGCGCAGUACCAGGAAAGCAACCAAGAAUUCGACUCGGCGAUUGCGUCGUACCGUCGCGCCAAGGACUACUUGUCCCUCGUGCGAGUACUCUGCCACAAAAAGGACUUUGACCAGGCGGCGCAAGUCGUGAUUUCGAAAAACAACAAGGCCGCUGCCUACCACCUCGCUCGGCAGUACGAAGCCAACGACAACAUCGCCGGUGCCAUCCAAUUCUACGCGACCAGCGGCUCGUACAACCACGCGAUUCGCCUAUCGCGUGAAUUCAACCUGGACGGGGACCUGAUGAACUAUGCGCUGCUAAGCAAGCCAGGACCGAUGCUCGAGUGCGCGCAGUACUUUGAAACCAAGCGCGAGUUUGAAAAGGCCGUGGUGCUGUACCACAAGGGCGGCCACGUGUCCAAGGCUCUCGAGAUUUGCUUCCAAGCCAACCUAUUUGACGAACUGCACACGAUCGCCGAUGAACUGGGCUCGUCCACCAACACGUCGCCCAUCGUGCUGGGCAAAUGCGCCGACUUCUUCGCCAAGAAUGGCCAACACGCCAAAGCUGUGCCGCUGCUCAUCCGCGGCAACCGCAUCGCAGACGCCCUCGAGAUUUGCAUCCAGCACAAGGUGAAAAUCACGGAAGAGAUGGCGGACCUGCUGACGCCUGCGAAACCGUCAGACGAAACCGACAAAAUCGCGGCGAAACGCCGCGUGGACCUCAUGAUGAAGUUGGCAAAAUGCUGCAAGCACCAAGGCGCGUUCCACUUGGCGACCAAAAAGUACACCCAAGCGGGGGCGAAAUUGAAAGCCAUGAAGUGCCUGCUCAAGUCUGGGGACACAGAAAAGGUGAUUUUCUUUGCCAACGUGUCGCGCAACAACGAGAUAUUCAUCCUGGCCGCCAACUACCUUCAAAACUUGGACUGGCGGAACGACCCCGAUAUCUCAAAGAACGUCGUGGGGUUUUACUCCAAGGCCAAAGCGUUUGACCAACUGGCGGGGUUCUACGACGCGUGUGCCCAAGUCGAAAUCGACGACUACAAAGACUACGCCAAGGCCAAGCGGUCGCUGGAAGACGCGAUGAAAGUGGCCGCCAAGUCCACCGGGCCAGGCAAAGACAAGAAAGUCGCGUCGUUCGAGCAACGCAUUGCCGUUGUGGACAAGUUCAUGACGGCGAAAUCCCUGGCCAAGACCGAUCCGAACGAAAUGGUGGCGUUGUUGCAACAGCUCCUCGAGGACGCCGACGUGGACUCGGCGAUUCGCAGUGGUGACGCCUUUGCGCUGCUUGUCACGCAUGCGUACGAAAGCGACGACGUCCAGCAUGCCGUGGAGCUCAUCAAUGCUAUGCGCCAGCGCAACAUCUCGGUCAAGGCAUUCAUCAACCAGAAAAUGCUGAAUGAAAUCCAAGCAAAGGCCGGUGGAAGUGGUAGCGCCACGGACUCGACGCCAGAACGAAGCGACACGCGAUCAUCGGUGGCCAAACAGAGUCAGGAAGCCAAGGGAGGUGAUGAAGACGAAGACAUGCAAGAAGACAUUGAAGAGGAAGAAGGCAGCCCCCCGCGUCGAAAGUAGCGUUUUCAUAGUACAUUACUAUGUAGUUGUCGAUUCAAUACGUCUAGUUUAUCGUAACUCCAUGCCGAUUUGACAUAGCGUGCAAAUACAUCACCACAAUCGAUACA